AUCAAAUUAUCUAUACUUAUUCAUAUUUUCAGCUAAUAGAAAGUCUAUAGAUUAGAGAAUGCCCACUAAUAGUUUUAUAUCCUCGCAAAUAUCUCAUUCUAACCCGGCUUCGGGAAAUAUCCAACUAUCCUUAUCUGCACUGACCGGCAAAAAAUUUCCUGGUAGCUACGAAAAUAAUCUGAAUAAUGCCUCCAACAGUAAAAAUUUAGUGCAUUCCCUUAUCACGGCUGAAGACAUAAUUUACACCAGUAAUUCUGGUACUUGCAAUUCUACUCAAAUUAGUGGCCACAAGAAUGAUAACGAUAUUCAUUCUAACUUCAUUAAUGGGGGCCUUAAAAAUAUUUUUGCCAAUAACAAUACCUCAAAGUUUAGCAAUGGAGUCAAUUAUAAUGAAAUAAAUGGAAAUGUCAAUGAAAUAGUCGAAUAUUCAACUUUUUCAAAAUCGCAUUUUAAUCCAAAUUCCAUUUUUUCUGGCAAUAAUAAUACGAUGAACGGAAGGGAGGAAAAUCGUAUUAAGCAAGCUAUAACCAAAUUAUCUGACGACUAUGUACUACGAUCCAACAAUUUAAAUACUAUCUCAAAUAAUACAACAAACGGCAAUGACAUUAACCAUAACGAUAACGAUUUUAAUGUCUCUAUAAACAAUAAUAGUAAUAAUUUUGCUUUAUUCAACAGACAAGAAAAUAUGUCACUGCGCAAAACUAGACUGUUCAAUAACUACGAAAACGUGAGUUGCAAUCCUCCUAAUACUUACUUUAAUGAUUCGUUUCCUGUUGAAAAUGGUCGUUCAUUUGUUAAUUCAUCAGAUAUUACGCCAUCCACUUUCAAUAAUUCGUCGAUCGACUCAUCAAAUACGCUCUUUAGCACUGCACAUCAAAACCAAAAUAAUUUCCACGAACACCAUUUCCAAAUCAAUAAUCUUAACCACAAUUUAUCAAAUAAUGGUUAUAGUAGCGAUCCGGAUGAUGAAAUAAUUCACUUGACUAACGCAAAUCUCGAAGAAAAUAAUUGUCAUCAUUUAAAUGGCUUUAGUAAUGUGAACAAUGGCAGUAACCAUAGCAAUAACUAUCUGGCUAAUUUGAUGGGAUUGGUCGGAAAUUCUAAUGUAGAUGGUUGUGUUGGUAACGCCCAUUCUAUGAAUUUCAACCAUCCUAACAACAAUAAUACGUACAUGUUAAACCAAAGAGAUUUAACUCAUCUAUUCUCGACAGUUAAUGGCUUUGAAAGCGAACGUUUGAAUAACUCGGAGGUUAACUCUGGUAGCAUCAGUCAAUCUAUAAAUAAUAUAACUGAUUCGAUUGUCAGAAAUAGCAACAGCAAUAACUCGAACUCCAGUAACAACGGGGGAGUCGUCGGUAACAAGAAAAAGGGUGUAAACAUGACUGAAUGUGUGCCGGUUCCUAGUUCUGAACACGUGGCCGAAAUUGUAGGGCGUCAAGGUUGCAAGAUUAAAGCCCUGAGAGCCAAAACGAAUACUUACAUAAAGACUCCUGUCAGGGGAGAGGAACCAGUUUUUGUUGUAACUGGACGUAAAGAAGAUGUCGUGUUAGCCAAGCGAGAAAUCAUAUCGGCCGCCGAACAUUUUAGUCAAAUUAGAGCGUCUCGCAAAAAUUCUGCACCUAUUCUCGAAACUACUUUAGGGGGUUUAAAUGGGAAUCUUAACGGGAGCAUUAAUGGAAGCAUGGGAAUGAAUGGGGCGAGGCAUUCGUUGACCGAUAAUGAUUUGAUCGGGAGAAUCGAUUCCUAUAAUUUAUCCCACAAUCACGAUGAAAAUGAGUUCAACAAUAACAUGAUCAACAAUACGGUAGUCGAUUCUAGCCAUAAUGUCAAUAAUCAACAAGCGCAUAAUACAUUGCACCAAUUGCAACUUCAACUCCAAAGUACUUUACAUAACAACUCAGCCCAUUUACAUAACAAUAAUACUGUCACUCAAGGCCAGAAUCAAAAUAAUAUGCAGCAACAAAUAACCAUUAGAGUCAGGGUACCUUACAAAGUCGUAGGCCUUGUUGUAGGACCCAAGGGCGCUACCAUUAAAAGAAUUCAACAAACGACCCAUACGUACAUAGUUACUCCUAGUAGGGACAGAGAACCUGUUUUUGAAAUAACCGGUUCGGCACCUAACGUUCAUAAUGCCCGGAUCCAGAUCGAGAAUCAUAUCGCAGUUAGGACGGGAAACAAUAAUAAUCCAGUGGGCCCCAACGCUAACAAUCUCGAUAACAGCUUUAUGAUGGCUAUACCUAAUAAUAAUAAUCACCUCUCAUCUUCGCCAUUCACCGGCAAUCAACGUCGAAAUUCUUCUCCCGCAUUCUAUUCCAACUAUCUCAAUAAUUUAGGUAAUAAUAACGUUAACGUGAAUGAUAACGAUGCUAUCUUAACCGCGGCCGCUCUUCUUUCGGUUCUCACUAAUUCAAAUCCAAACAAUAAUAUAAAUACUAAUUUGAAUAAUUUCAAUCCCACUACUCCGAGAAAUGGAAUAAAUAGGGAUGACGAAAGAGGGGUCAGGGCAAUUUUAAAUAAUUUGGCUAGCGCUUUGAUGAUCGGAACUAAGAAUCAUAAUCCUGGAAUAAAUGGAUACAACCCGUUAGCUUCUCCCAACCGUAACAAUCAAAAUGUAGGCAUCAAAGGACGUUCAAGCCUUAAUAAUAUCAAUAACAUUAACAAUGGUGGUAAUGGUAAAAAUAUUACGAAUAACCUUAAUAUCGCCUCUCUCUCGGCCGCCCUAAAAAACAUUUUGUCGCAUGGUCAAACUGAGAACGAAACGAAUGAUGAUUAUACUACCAAUCAAAUCGAAGGUGACCAAGAGAAUCUAUUGGCUAAAAUCAAUCGUCUACUGCUUACAUCCAAUUUUAACAACAAUAAUAAUUUUGUUGAAAACAAUGUGUCUCCGCAUUCUAUCGAAAGCACCGAAGUCAUCACAAACUAUCAAACGAAUGAACCUGACGAUGAUAUUCUUAACUUUUUAGAGGAAGAUGACCAAUUCAGAAAUACAAUCAUAUCUAAAUCAUCAGCACUCGCUCCGGGUAAUUACAAUAAUAAAGACCGAUUAUUUUCCGCUCGUCAAAAUGCGAAUUUAAAUUUAGAAUCGGUGGAAUGUGCCGUGACAGGUGCAGAGAAUGAAGAGGACAUAUUGCAUGGGAAUAAUAAGCGGCAGUUAAAUUAUAACAUGGCCCAGUUGAGGUUGUUUCAAAGGCAAUUGGCCAAUAAUGGAAGCAAUGACUGCUACACUGAAAAUUCUGACGUGAUUGAAGAUGAUAACAGUCAUAAUCAUAACCGUCUUUUUGAUUUGGGUGGUCGGUUUGCAAAUUUAUUUUCCGCUUUUAACUAUACCAACAAUCAAAUGUUUGAUUACAGCGUUAAUUCUACGAAUUCCUUACUGCCUACUUAUGACCCUAUUGAUAAUGCCAAUAUGUCUUCACUUUUGUACUCACUGGCGAAUAAUAAUACCACUAACGUAAAUGGAAUCAACUAA